AUGCCCUCCCAACGAGAUAUGCAGGCUUCAUGUCGCGAGCAUCGCCAGCGCCAGCGACAUCAUAUCGAAGAAAACCCGUGGACUCGAGUCCAGGCAUGGAUCAAUAUACCCGCCCAAGGACUCAACAUCAGUCCUAAUAUACCAGUCAUGAUGCUACUUCCUCUCGCGGGUGCUGCGAAGCUUUUUCACUGGAACGCGACCGUAAUUCUGGUCGUAAACAUUGUCGCCAUUAUCUUCUUAUCGGAGGCUAUCUCAGUCUCCUCUGACAAACUCGCCGAACAUUUAGGAGAGCUGCAGGGUGCUUUGCUCAGUGCGACCUUCGGGAACACCGUUGAACUGACUGCCGGGACUCUGGCUUUGGUGCAUGGCGAGAUCCCAUUUGCGCAGUCUGUUAUGGUUGGAAGUAUUCUCUCAGAUAUUCUCCUAAUCUUUGGCGCUUGCCUCAUCACAGCUUCUUACAACAAAGAUGUUCUGGAAUUCAACGGUGCCCUGGCGAAGACUCUGUCCUCAUUGAUGAUGAUCACAGCCGUGACAAUGCUCCUUCCAACAGCUCUAUACUCAACAUUCCCAGUAUCUGAGAUCGAUGAUAGAGUCCUAUCCUUCUCAAGGGGAACGGCAGUAGUACUUCUCAUUCUCUACGCCGGCUAUCUCUACUUCUACCUCGGAACCCACAAACAUCUUUUCCUGUCGAGCGAUAGCGAGUCGAGUGACGAUGAAGAUGCCGCAAGCUCCAUACCCCAGAACAAAGCUAGCCUUGCUUCAUCAAUUAUCCGGCUUACGACAGCCGUCGCGGCUACAAUUUUUUGCACCGAGCUGCUCAUAGAAAGUACUGGAGACAUGGCGCAAACGCUCGGUGUUUCUGAGGUAUUCAUCGCAAUUGUCUUUAUUCCAAUUGCGAGUAAUAGUACUGAGGGUGUGACUGUUAUUGCGUCAUCUAAGACGGGCGAUACCGACUCUGCUAUCCGGGUCAUCAUCGAUAGCCUUUUGCAGAUUGGCCUAUUUGUCAUUCCGUUUUUGGUAAUUGUUGGCUGGUGCAUUGCACAGCCGAUGACUCUUUUCUUUGACUCGUUUCAGACAAUUUCUAUGUUCCUCGCCAUUCUGGUGGUGAACCAUCUUCUCAGAGAUGGCCAGUAUGCAUAUAUUCAUGGUGCCAUGCUCCUAGCUUUUAAAGAUACGCUGGCUUAG